CCCUCGUCUUCCCCUUCUCCUUCAAGUUCCUUUCCUCCAAGGGAAAUCAACCUCUUCAACAACUACAAACCUCCUUCCCCCGCUCUUCUCGGCCAUACUGUGUGUGUCGCCAGUCCGCUCGCUCUAUCCACCCCUUUUUAGGUUCGAACUAGUACCAACCUAACGUACUCCCGCCUCCCGUUUGACCAUCCGCCCGCUUCUCUUUCAACUCCGACGACUUCAGCUUCUCGACUCUGGCAGGAAUUUGCUGCGUCGCCUGUUUCUUUGGGACUCUUGUCCACCGACUUUCUUUCAUAUUCUUCCAUUCGCAAGACAUUCUUGACGACUCCCGACUCGCUACAAACAACAAUAAUCCCCGGUCACCCUGAUUGACUUGACCCGCUCCCGCGACAGACUCCAAUGACGCUGCAGUGACCAGCCUCCCUCGAAUCCACCACCACUGCAACAACUCGCACAAAAGCAUUGAUCGCCGCAACAUCCGGCGUCAUCUGGAAUUUAUCGCCGGUCCCACUGUGUCCGCCGUAUUCUCUCUCUCCUUCUCGGCCGCUGACAGACUUUCCGCAUCCGGCGGCUGGCAACGUGGUACUCUGGAGUACCGCUCUGACACUCGCCGUCAUACUCUGUCCCUGUUCCGACUCUUUUUUCUCGGUCGGCUGAUCGCUUCCAUCCGACCUUCUUACCUCCAUCGACCUUGAUCGCCUACUCGCCAGCAUGAGGUCGUUAGCAUUUCUCACGUUUUUCGUCGCCUUUUUGGCGCCGCUGGCGUCCGCUGUCAAGCUUCUCGAAUCCAAUGCGUUGAAUGUGUGCAUGGAAAGUAGUAAUUUCACUGCGACAUAUUUCAACGUCGUCUUCUAUCCCGGAAACAACUCGCUCACUAUCGGAUUCGAUGGUUACUCCUAUAUCUCCGGCAAGGUCGUGGCUGACUUGAGCUUGACGGCAUAUGGAUACAAGGCUUACUCGAGCACGAUUGACCCCUGCUCGAUUGAGGGCAUGGGCAUGUGUCCGAUGGCCUCUGGUCCCAUUGAUUUGGGUCCAGUUUCCCUCUCGCUUCCGGAAGGCACUUCUUCCAAUGUUCCAGGCAUUGCCUAUACCGUCCCCGAUCUCGAUGCCAAUGUGCGGAUUGUGAUCAAGAAGAAGGACACCGGUGAGAAGAUUGCCUGUGUCGAGGCUUCGCUUUCCAACAACAAAAGUGUCUAUCAAUUAGGUGUUGCUUGGGUGACUGCGAUCAUCUCCGGUCUGGGUCUGGCAGCGUCUGCCAUUACUUCCGGUCUAGGUCAUUCCAACACGGCCGCCCACGUUGCCGCGAACGCGCUUUCUCUUUUUGGCUUCAUGCAGGGCCAAGCCAUGAUUGGUAUGAUCUCGGUUCACAUGCCUCCAAUUGUGGAAUCGUGGACCCAAAACUUCCAGUGGAGCAUGGGUAUUAUCCACGUCAGUUUCUUGCAGACAAUUUGCACCUGGUAUCAGCGUGCAACCGGCGGUACUCCCUCGACUGUUCUUUCACAGCUGGGUGAUACUUCCGUCGAGGUCCUUAAGCGUCGCAAGCGUGAUUUCAUCGAGCCUGCAAUCAACUUGAUCAAGCGAGCUACCAGUAUCAUCUCGAAACGUGACAGCUCGAGCCAAAAGCUGAUUGUGGUGCGGGGUAUUGAACGUGUUGGAUUCCGCGCUAAUAUUGAAGAGACCAACAUCUUCCUGACUGGUCUGAUCUUCUUUGUCGUUUUCGUCUGCUUGGUGGUCAUUAUCGUUACAUCCUUCAAAGGUAUUUGCGAGUUGCUUGUCAAGCAUGGCAAGAUGAAGAGUGACAAGUUCCAGGACUUCCGUAACGGCUGGAAGGUUGUCACUCGCGGUAUUCUCUUCCGUCUCACUCUGAUCGGUUUCCCGCAAAUGACCGUUCUCUGCCUGUGGGAGUUCACUCAGCGCGACUCGGCCGCCGAGGUGGUCCUUGCUGUGGUUAUGAUCCUAUCUUUGCUUGUUGCCCUUGGCUGGGCUGCUCAGAAGGUCAUUCGUCUGGCCAAGCGCUCUGUCACUAUGCACAAGAACCCAGCCUAUAUCCUGUACUCCGAUCCUGCGGCCCUGAACAAGUGGGGCUUCUUGUAUGUGCAGUACCGCGCAACGGCAUACUACUUUGUCGUCCCGUACCUGGCCUACAUCUUGGUCAAGGGCAUGUUUAUUGGUCUCAGCCAGCCUGCCCCAGUUGUUCAGACCGUUGCAUUGGUGAUCCUCGAGGCUGCCAUGCUGGUCGCUGUCUGCGUGAUGCGCCCAUGGAUGGACAAGAAGACCAACAUCUAUAACAUCUCGAUCGCCAGUGUCAACUUCCUCAAUGCCAUCUUCCUGCUGGUCUUCUCGGAUGUGUUCAACCCUCCCGGCAUGAUGAUCGGUGUCAUGGGAGUCGUUUUCUUCGUCUACAACGCUGCUUUCGCUCUGGUUCUGCUCGUCCUCGUCUUGAUCGCCUCGGUCUACGCCGUCGUGUCCAAGAACCCCGAUACCCGCUACCAGCCUAUGCGGGAUGACCGUGGGUCUUUCAUCAAGUCCCAGACCCAACUGACCACCGAGCUGGACGCUCUUGGUGCCACCGCUCGUGGUGAUGUCAAGAACGGCAACGGUUAUCAACAAAACCCCUUCGAUGACGAUACCGCCUCCAUCUCCAGCGGCACCGGUGUCACUGGUCACCACCACAACAACCUCGAUGCUGCCAACAGCGCUCAAAAUCUGAACCGUCACCAGCCUCCUCACUCACCUGUUGAUCCAUCAGUACCGCUCUUCCCGAGCAAUGCCUCGACUCACUCAGGCAGCCGGGGGCCACCCCCUGGCUACGACCAGUUUGGUCGGUCAGCAUCACCCGCGCCGCGGAACUACGACAACGCUCCAGUCGGUGCCUCCGCGCUAGCAACCAACUAUAGGGCGCAAAACAACGCCAGUCCCUGGCAAAGGGGUGCUGGCUACGACCAUUAGAUGGGCGUGUGACUCGCCUGCAUUGGUUUCCUGCUUUUUAUUUUCCACCUGAGAUGAAGAUAUGUGAUUUUUAGCGUGGGACAGCGAUGGUCUAUGAUCCUUUACCAUCCGCCAUCCUUUUUUGGGUCUGGUAUCUGUUUGAAUUUUUGAAUCUCUGUCUAACUGCACUUUAUGUUGUUGCUCAUUCGUGGCUUGCACUUUUCUCGACUACACCACUUCUCCUUUUCCUCCAUUUCUUCUGAUCCAUUGCCUAAGGGCAGUGUAUCGCCUUUUUUCCUUUUACCUACUUCACCCGCUUUCCCCUCCCUACCACACUUUUGUUUCUUCUGUCUCAAAACUACCCGACUCUGCCUCUCCCACAUUGACGUGCGGAUACAAUCCUCGCCACAAGGCCGACGUGUACUCUCUUCUUCUUUCCCUUUUCGUCCCUUGUUUUUCUUUUGCUUAACCUGGCGUUCUGAUGCAUCUUGGUUAUGGAGAUCUGGCCUUGGGUUUCUCGCGGGCUUCGGAAUAUACAUUUUUUUCUUCCCUCUCCUCCCUUCCUUUCUCUUUCGUUCUCUGAUUCCCGACCUCUUUGGGGGGUUGUGCGUGAUAUGUACGCUAUGUACUCCGAUGAAACAAAUAGUCCUAGUGUCUAAAAGACGAGAUUUAUUUAUCUCGUAUCUCGCGCAAUCUAAAGCUGUCGUUUCGUC